GCCUCGCACAAAUCACUUCAUACUUGGUGUUCUUAGAGUGAAGACAUCCGGAAUCGGAAGAAAAGCAAAUAAACAAUAUUUACAUAUAUCGUAGUUAAAAUAAAUAAUGUUUGUGUGAAGAUAUAAAUAAAGUGUUCGGAGAAUAAAAGCUUAAUUUGAAUUAUGAAAAACUAAAUCCACUAAUUUAUGAAUUAUAGUUUUUGAUUGUGUGUUAAUAUAAAAAUGACAAACUAAUUGGUUGAAAAAACAUUAUUAUACUCUUAGAAUAAUUUGUAAAAAGUUAAAAGAAAAUAUGAACAUGGCACUAUUGCAAUGUGUUGCUUUUGCACUGUGCAUUGUGUUGGGGAUUUUGGGCCCAAGUAAUGGUCACUUAUUGAAGCGCGGAGCCUCCUUUAUGGAUGAUGAUGCUACCGUUCGCACCGAAAUUGUCGACCGUAAUAAUCGCACAAUUUUGGCCAGAUUCAACCUAACGGUAGCUCAAAUGAACAGUAUUAUGCAGAGCCAAAAUCCAAAUAAUGAAGAUCGCGCCGGUCAAGAUGCCACACAACGCUUUCAUGUUAUCAAAGAGUUUCGUAUUAAUGAUAUAAAGAAUCGUUUGCAAUCAGCUUUUCAAGCAAGCAAUUCAGAUGAAACUCAAGGUCAUCCAUUGCACGAAAUAGCAGCAUACCCCAUAUGCAACUCAGAGUCCACCGAAAGCUCCUGGAUGCAUGACAACAACGUGACAAUUCGAUUUUCUGACAGUCUUUUUGAACCAAAGCGUGACAAUUUGAAUCUGGACAGCGCAAUACUUCGCUUAUAUAAAGUCAAUCCAAACAAUACAGACGAUCCCAACGCAUCAAAUGACGAAGGUGAUAAAGAGGCCAAAAGCUGUGGUGAUCCUCUAACGCUAACUCCACAAAUACGUGUUACAGUUUCCAUUGUACGACAAUUGCGCAGAAACAAGCGAGAGCGUAAAAAGCAUAUUUGCAACACAACAAUGAUGAAUAUAUCCAAAACCGGCUGGGUUGAGAUUGACAUCAGGCGCGCCAUAUACAUUUGGGAAAGUGUCGAACGCCAACAGCAGCAACAAUCCCGCCAGCAACCGAUUCAAAUAGGUUGGUUGAUGAUCGAAGUACAUGAUGAAGAGGAGAAUCCACUCAAGCCGGGACUGUUUUUCAAUCCACCAAAAUGUGAUCAGGCAGAAUUUGCAAUCCCGUGGAAUUACUACGGACCGCACACGUCUAUGUCUCCUUUUGCAGCGCACGAAGUGCCAAGAUAUCCAAGAUUAGAUGUUAAAUUGAUAGGAUAUGCAUCAUUCGCGCCAAAAAAUAUGAAAAAAGAAGUCCACGACAUGUUGCGUGGAAACUUACGACGACAAUUAUUUAACCACUCUAAGGCCUCUGAGGAAGAUUUCCAACCGGAUGAGCAACACUCUACAUCAGAAAAAACACUGACCGCUGAUAAUUUAUUCCAAUUGUCCGCAUCUAGUGGCGCGGAACCUAAGCACAGCGCAAAGAAACGACAAUCUGACCAAAAUAUUGUCUUUCAAAAUUUCCACAUAGCUCAUCACGAUCAUAACCAUCGAAGUCAUAAGCGUAACCUACGUGUGAACAUUGAAAGGCAGGAUAACCACUUAACCACUUCGAAACAAAGGGCUCAUCAUGAAUCUAUCCAAUCGCAAAAUGGCGGUAUACAAUAUAAAGUUCAUAAUCGGCACAACACUCAUCGGCAUACCCGCAAUCCUCAGAAACAACAUCAGCUACAUCUCGAAUAUCCUAUAAAUUCUCCUGCCUAUUAAACGAAAGCAAUAGUAAAGAAUCAUCCCAUCCCACCCAUGAAGCGCUUGAAAUAGACACAAAAAAAUCCAUAAGCUCAUAAUGAGUAGUCUUCCCUGUUCAAUAGGCCGUUUAACUUAAUUACAUUUUAACACAUACAUAUGUAUACGUAAGCUUACAAGCAUAGGAUAUAAGUACAUUUAAACAAUUUUCAAAUGAAUACACAUCGCUAGAAACACACAAAAAUAUGAAUUUAUUUAUCCAAAACACAUAAAUUUUCACACUCAUUCAUACGAACAAACGCUCCCAGUACCAAAAGUCAUUUAAAUAUUGCCGCUGACAAAGCUUUUGUCAAUUUUUAAUUAUUUUAAGAAAGCGAAAGCUUACAAAUACCUUGCCCUUAAAAUACAAAAAAGGGUUUCAAAAACUUUCUGCACGCGACCUAUUUCUACUGGGUUCCUACCGAAUAAUAUACUUUUUCUUUAGAGACUGUGAUUUAUGUUAUGUACAUUUGGCUUCUAUAUAUAUAUGUACUAAAAUUAGUUUUUAUUUGUUUUAAAAACCAAUAUUUAUACAUUAAAAUUUAAAUUAUAUAACUAUGCUUACGAAUACUUUAUUAGAUAUUAUACAUAUUAUUUAUUGUCUCAAAAUAAUGUGACAUAAACAUACAUACAUACAUAUGUGUGUACUUACGUAUGCUCUUUUCAUAAUGGACGUGAAGAUUGUGUAUUUAAUCGAUACUUAAGGAAUGGGCAGUUUCACAGAAAAACGAAAUUAAAAAUCUAGUCCUUGCUAGUUAUAAAGCAGACAAAAUUGUUUUUUUUUAUUUGCAAGCAAGUUGUCAGAAUUUUAAACAAAAACUAGCCUGGGACUAUAUGUAUGUAUGUCUACAUAUUUAUAUGUACGUAAUUAUAUCCCAACAAAAAAGUGGUAUUUGUUUUAACCACACGCGGAUUACUUCAAUAGGUACAGUUCGAAACAUAAGGCACUUGGCAUAUGAAAAUGAUAUUUUGAAUUGACAAUCUUCACAUUUCGCCAAUGGAAAGAGCAUGUAUUCACUUUCCUUAAUAUUCAUAUAAACGUACUACAUGAUGAUACUAUACAAGUACAUAUGUAUGUACUAUAUGUGAUGUAUGCCAACAAAGAUUUCUUAUUUCAAAAUGGUUAAUAUUGUACAUUACUUAAGUUAAUUAGCCUAUGGAUUACCAAUUCGAAAACAAAUAUAAAUUUUUGUUAAAUAAUUAUUAAUUAUUUUUGUAGUUAAUGUUAAAUAAUUAUGCAUAAAAUGAAUGGCAAACUAAUCGGAAUUUUUUCCGUUAUAUGUAAAGUAAUGAAAUAAUUAACAUUCUGUAUAAUUCGAAUCUAUGUAGCUUACAUCUAAUGAAGCAAAAUAAAUGAACGCACAUUUA